ACAAGUAGCAAAGCUUCAAAAAAUUUGACGUUCAAAACAAACCAGAAAAAAAAAGAAGAAAGUUUAACGAAGAAUCAAAAAAGUUGUAAUACUUUCUUUGUCACGAGAGGAGAUAAAGAAAAAUGGGUAUCCAAGAAGUGGACCCGUUAGCCCAACUAAGCUUACCACCGGGGUUCCGGUUUUACCCGACGGACGAAGAGCUGAUGGUUGAAUAUCUAUGCAGAAAAGCUGCCGGUCACGAUUUUUCUCUCCAGCUCAUCGCCGAGAUCGAUCUCUAUAAGUUCGACGCGUGGGUCUUACCGAGUAAGGCGUUAUUCGGAGAAAAAGAAUGGUAUUUCUUCAGCCCGAGGGAUAGGAAGUAUCCUAACGGGUCAAGACCUAACCGGGUUGCCGGGUCGGGUUACUGGAAAGCCACCGGUACGGAUAAGGUUAUAUCAACGGAGGGAAGAAGAGUUGGGAUCAAGAAAGCUUUGGUGUUUUACGUUGGAAAAGCACCAAAAGGCACCAAAACUAAUUGGAUCAUGCAUGAGUACCGUCUCAUCGAACCCUCUCGUAGAUACGGAAGCACCAAACUUGAUGAUUGGGUUUUAUGCCGUAUAUACAAGAAGCAAUCAAGCGCACAAAAACAGGUUUAUAGUAAUCUAAUGACGAGUGUAAGAGAAUAUAGCAACGAUGAUUCGUCGACGUCAUCUUCGUCUCAUCAAUACAAUGAUGUUCUCGAGUCGUUACACGAGAUCGAUAACAGAAGUUUGGGGUUUGCGGCCGGUUCAUCAAACGCACCUCCUCAUCAUAGUCAAAGAACAAGCCUGACCGAACAGAAAACCGGGUUUCUUAAUUUAGCUAGGGAGCCAAGCUUUGACUGGCCAAGUUAUGGUGGACAUACCUCGGUCCCUCAACUUACCCCGAGUCAUAACGUUCCUAGUUUCUGUUACGGCGAAGGUAGUGGUUAUUUUCAAAGUGUCAAGACAAAUGAAGAAGACGAUAGGAAUCAGCAACAAGCUGAGGGUUUCAGUGUUGACCCGGUUAACGGAUUCCCGAACUCGGAUCAACAACAUGAUGCUUUCGGUUUUAUUUAGUUGUGUAGUGGUGACAUAAUAAAAAAAAAGAAACAAUUGUAAUUUUGUGUAUCAGAUUAAUUAAGUAAGUGUAGAAAUUG